UGUCAGAUUUCGAUGGCCGCAAUGUUGUGAAUUUUAUAUUUCGCGUAGUGUUUACUUGGCAAAUUUUAUUACUUUCCGCGUAUACAACGUCACCGGGUUUACGUCCGUCCGUCGUAAAGUAUAUGUAACGCGCUAUUCUUAUUAGAAAUGCGAUGGAAACGUGCGCGUAACGAACGCGUGAGGCCGUAUUCUUAUGCGGUAAACGUAUCGUAACGUUUGUUUUCUAUGUGAUGCUACUGCUAAUCGGAGGCUAACGAUGCCUUUUAAACUGUUGAAGAAGACGCGGCAGUACAACGUAGCAUCGAAAAGCCUGUUCGUGAUUAGUGUAGAGUUAUUAGAUGGUGGUGUAGCGGAUUGCACGCUGUCGGUUGAUUCUACGGGGCAGGAAUGUUUGGACAACGUGUGCCAGCGGCAGGCGAUCAACCAGCCGGAGUUCUUCGGGCUUCGUUACGUGAACAGGCAACAGCAGCCGCGAUGGGUGCAGCUCGAACGUCCCUUGAAGCGUCAGUUAGACAAAUAUGCGUCUUCCCACCAACUGUACCUGCGUGUGAUGUACUAUGUGAUAUCCGGUACGAGUUUAAUAACAGAUGAAGUCACUCGUAACCACUAUUUCCUGCAGCUAAAGAAUGAUCUAGUGGAAGGACGGAUAAUCUGUGAUUGUCAACAAGCGGUUGUGUUAGCUUCGUACAGUCGGCAAGCAGAGUAUGGUAAUCAUGACCGGGAGCGGCAUACGGUGGAGUACUUGAAGAAUUUGCUGACGUUUCCAAAGCAGAUGCUGGAUAACGGGCAAUUGAUUGAUGCAAGUACAUUGGCGGAGACGGGGAAGUUGGAAUGGCUGACUGCUGCAGUCAUACAGCAUCAUAUGGCAUUGCAUAAUAUGUCCCAGGCUCAAGCGGAAGAAGGCUUCAUCACGACAUGCCAACAACUGCGGGGUUACGGCCAGGAGCUGUUCUCGGCGAAGGACGCGGGCACGAGCGAGGAGGUCACUAUCGCCGUCUCGCUCACCGGCAUCCGAGUGCUGAGCGAGCAUAGCGACACGCCGCAUUUCUACAGAUGGUCAGACAUCACAAUAGUGAUAAACCGCAAGCGAACGUUCAGCAUUGAAUGCCAGCGAGCGAACGAGUCGGCCUCGUUCCUACUGCCGAGUCCGGAGGCUGGGAAAUAUGUGUGGAGGAGCUGUGUGCUGCAGCACACGUUUCAUAUGAGGCAUCAGCAGGCGUUGAACGCGCCGCAUGACACCACUACCAACUUCCAGCAGGAGAUUGGCCUCUCAGACAGCCGCGAAGAACUAGACUGCAGGGAAGCCAGCAGUUCACGUCUAGAGUCCAGCCUCAGCCUGUCACAUCGAGCGCACUCCACCUCCUGUCUCGAGCUGAGAGACGCACUGCCACCGCGUGCCAGAGUCCAACUACCGCAGUACCGUCCCGCGCCCGACUACGAGACGGCCGUCCAACAGAAAUACCAACAACAACGCGCCGAAGCACAACUACGCUACCAAAACCACGCCGUUGCCAAGCCAUUAGCCUACGGCUCCCAUCCCGACAUACACCGCAUACACUACCCCGACGUCACUAGACAUACUAUAAACCAGGCGGCCGCUACCGAUGACUACCUAUACGGUCUUAAAUACAUGAAUAAUUACCAAAUAGCGGUCCAUCCAGACGUCAAACCUAUGCAUUAUGUCAAUGUUUACAAACCACCACCACCUUACCCGUCAAAUGGACUCGCUUCUAACUCAACACCAGACUUAGCUGUCGCCAGCCAAGCGCUAAAUUACCAUAGGGGUUAUAUCAACUCUCAUGUAUCCGGAUCUAGUCCUGACUUAGUCUCAACCAGAACUGCUUUAAACAGACUAGGUUAUAUACCUAAUCCUGUGGUAAAUUAUAGAGCUAAUGUUAUGCCACAUGGGACGUAUAAUAAUCUAAAUUCAGUGCUAAAUCACAAUCCGCAUCACAUGAUCGAUCAGCAUAUAUCUGAUAAUAUACAGAAGGUAUAUGACGAGAGAGGGAAUAUUAUGUAUUCUAUGCCGAUGCAUAGACUUAAUUAUCAAAGGCAUUUAGUGUUGCCACAACAGCAGAUAGCUUCGGGUAAACUAAGCGAUACUCAAGAACCUAUUUAUGAAAACGUACCUUUACCCUGGCAAGAUAAAGUCACUAUGCGUGAUCGAGCGCAAAGUUUAACAACUACAGAUGAAAUAAAUAGACUAAAUGAGAGAAACGGCAGUCAUCCUACUAUCAACAAGUAUGGUAAUCAUUCAAAACCUUUACUAAACGUGCCUUAUCAAAUAAAAGUCGAGCCAGAUAGUCACUACGUUAACGCACAGAUAAUAAAAGGCGUUCGCGAAUCUAGCGUACCAAAAGACUUGAACAUAUCUAACAGGUCCAUAAACAAAGACGAAUUCGAAAACGUCGCUCUAUCCAUCGACAAAAUGUCUCUCAAAGACGACAAUAAUUACGAUGAAACUCCGUACCAAAGUCUCUCGACUCAUCGUGUAUCGAAUAACAAUACGAUAAGUAAAACGAACGAUAACGUGACAAGCAUAAGCGUGCCCGACAUACGCGUAAACGGCUCGGCUUUGUCAAGUUCUGUCAUGAACUCGACAUACAGCACCAGCGUGGAGUUAGACUCGACAAAAAGCAGUGUUACUAUGAAUGUGAGUAGUAAUAGUAAUGUAAGUAAAGAGAAGAAGCGGAGACGAUGGGGUGUGUUCAUGGGGAGGAAGGAGGUGAAAAGUGCUACCCUGGGGAGAGAUAGAACUAAGCCGCAGCCCCAGCCGGUGAAUAAGCAUCGCUGGUCGACCGGCUUGCCAAAGUUUCAGCCGUUACCGCCCAGUAUUACCAAAGAAACUAUGUGCCAACUCCUAGAACGCAAAAUGUCCGAUGACCAGCUAGCAUUCGCGUUCGAGCAGAUCCCCAAAGGCCGAGCCACCGGCGGUUCCGUUCGAACAGCGUUGCUACCUCAACACGCCGCACUCAACGGUCUGUGCACGGACGAUUUACCCUACGAAGAUAAUAGGGUGAAGCUACACCCUACACCAGCCAACCCACAUGGUUAUAUGAACGCGUCACAUAUCACGAUGACGGUGGGCAGUACGCAGCGUUUCUACGUGGUGGCGAAGGUGGAUCAUAACGUGCCGGCCGCCAUGCUAUGGGAAUGCGCGUGGCAGGUUGGCAGUAGACUACUAGCCCGUGUGGGAGCCGAGCGACCACAUUAUUUACCGCCUGAAGACUGUACUGCUGACAUUGGCAAGUUCCAAGUGACAUCGAUGCGCGAAUCCCGCGCAUGUUGGGGCGGCUCGGUGCAGCUGCGCGUGCGCUGCGGCGGCCGCUCGCGCACAGUGUGGCACGUCCAUUACCGGCUGUGGAACGAACCGGCACCGGAACUCGUUCAGCCGUUCCUUGAGUUCCUGGCGGAGCUGAACGGGCUCCGUUUAGCGUGUGAGACGGAAGCGGACGCGCUGGGCGGCCACAACGCGCCGCUGCUCGUGAGCUGCGCGGGCGGCACGUCCCGCGCCGGCGUCGCUACUGCUGCCGCAUUACUGCUACAUAUCGUCGACUGCAACCAGGAGCUCGACAUCCCCCGCACCAUAGGCCUGCUCCACCAGCAACGAGCCAACCUCAUCAGCAACGUGCAGCAAUACAAGUUCCUGCACCAACUGCUGUUGCACUAUCUCAAGCAAUCGAGACUCAUUUAAACCUGG